ACUUGCUCUAUUUGCUUACGGUCAGGAAAUAUGGAGCGAUAUCUGUAGUGAACCAUAAGUUACUUGAAACCCAAGACUUUAACACGUAACUAGGACGUUUCUUUAUACUGCUGUCUGGUUCACUGUAACCUCCAGAAACUGAACUGGUAGGAGAAACGAGCUCCUUCAGAAAUGAAGGAAGUCGCGCCGCUUCAGUCAGACAUCAGCUCUGACAUGGAGCCUCUGCGUUACUCCUGCAGCACUGGUCAGAGUCUGGAGAACCGGUUCCUGACCCAGGCCUCAUCGUUCGUCCUCCAGCCUCCUUUAUGUGCGAACCUGACCUCGUCAUGUCCGGCGCUUUGCCCUUCCAGCCUGUCCUCCACAACCUCGUCCUCUUCUCUGUUGUCCACGUCAUCCAGGCUGCUGUCCUCGUCUCUGGUCAGCACUGAGAACACUCAGUUGAAGUUCAGCCCUCUUCCUGUGUCUUCUCUCUGCUCUUCUCAGCCUCUGAGCGCACUGAUUCGAAGCACAGCGCCACCCACUGCUCAAGAGGAUCAUCAAAGUCUGAGUGGGAAACAUGGAGAUGUGAAAAUAGAAGAUGAUGUAUCAUGUUCCACUGAUGAACUCUCAUCAUACAGUGAGGACAUGAACGAGCUCUCGGAUCAUGAGGAACAGAAGGAGAUAGACGACGAGCCCCCAGCUGAGAUGCCUGUCCUGGAUCUGAGGCUGACUGAGGAAGAGGAGAAGAAGACGCUGGACGUGGAUGAAGGGUUUGGGGAGUUCGACUCAAGCUCUAGCGAAGAUGCUGAAUUACUGAAAGAAAAGAAGUAUAAGCUGCUGAAUCUGGUAUGCUGCUCCCUGGUAAAUAAGGCCAUUUCUCCAGGCCAGGUGAACUGGGAUUGCUUCCCGAGUGUGUGGAGCACAAUAAAAUCCCUGGCCACCUACAUCACCCUCCGUGACCCUGAGUUCCUGCUGAAGGUGGCUGUUUACACCAGACAGGAACUGAACAUCCGCAUCACAGCCAACUUCCUGCUUGCCCUCGCCGCUCACCUGCCCGAGUCUAAACCGCACCUGAGGAGGUAUUUCUGCUCUGCUGUACAGCUGCCAUCUGAUUGGCUGGAAGUGACAAGGUUUUACAGCACGUGUUUCAGCAAGGCUCUGCCAUCGUGUCUGAAAAAAGCUCUGGCUGACAAAUUCAAGCAGUUCAACGAGUAUCAGCUAGCCAAGUAUAACACACGCAAACACCGCUGUAAAAACAGCAAGAAGAAACGCAAAGUGAAGGAAGUGACCCCUGAGAAAUGGGAGGAAUGGUCGAGGCUCGUUGGUACAGAGCCUUAUAUUUUUCAGAAAUACCUGAAGAUGGGCCAGCAUACAGCAGCAGAUAAAAAACAAAACGAGUUUAACAUGAAGAAGCUGAUAAAACGACUCCAUAUCAAAGAGCCGGCUGAGUCCGUCAUGGCCAUCCUGGGGAAAAAGUACCCGGCGGAUGUGAGGGCGUUCUGGCGCAGUGGGCUAAGUGGGGUGUGGCAGAGUGAAAGAGCCAAUCAGAGGAUGAAACUGAAGCAGGUGGAGACGUGGGAGACGCGAGUGAGUCAGGAAGGAAACAACGCCACCACCUGGGAACAACUCAUAGAUAAUAACUCUCUGCCCUUCAUGGCCAUGCUGAGGAAUCUGAGGAACAUGAUCAUGAAGGGGAUCAGCCUCAAACACCACGAGAAGAUCCUCAAACGACUCAGCUCCAAGUCAACAGUGAUAAAAAGCCGCCAGUUCCCCUUCCGCUUCCUGUCGGCUUAUAAAGUCAUUCUGGAGCUCGGCGGCUUAACAGCCAGUGGCAAUGUGAAGGCGAAACUCAGCAACACGGAAGUCCUGCGCAGGAUUUUAAAGCCUAUAAAAAAGACUAGAAAAUACCAGUUACUGAACUGGUCAACGGCGAGCCGGAGGAGGAUGCGCCUUACGCUCCAGAUUCCUUUGAUCCGUGGUAUCUAUACCGCAAAACUCAAAGCUCUCCAGAAAGCCAGAUCGACGAGCUGCUGUCCAGAGCUGCUGCAGCGUUACCGUCAGGCCCUGGACAAAGCCAUACAGAUCUCCUGCAAGUACAACAUCCCUCCUCUGUCUGGAUACACGAUCAUCAUCUUUUUGGACUCUUCCUGGACCACUAAGCCAAAAGGAGCAGAUCUCAGCCUCCCCACAGUGUCUGCAGAUGGAAACACGGAGAACAAAAGCCUCGCGGCUUCGUCGAUGGAGGUGGGGUUACUCCUGGCCAUGAUGAUCCACUUCUGCAGCGAGCACACACAGUUGCUCCUGGGAGACGACGAAAACGUACAGGAAGUCCAGAUCAAGUCGGAUGGGCUUUUAGAGAAUGUCAGAAGACUGGGCAAGCUUGUCUUGAAAUUUCCAGAUUUGUCUCAGAAGACACCACAUGACGAUUUCUUCUCCAAGCUUCUUGAGGACAAAACAAAGGUGGAUAACAUUAUCCUCGUGGGUGAAACUUGUGUGGAUUGGUGGGUGGAGUUGGCGGUUAAAAGAUUUCAGAAACUCUCCAUCAAUGAACCUUUAGUGGUGAAAGUCUUAAUCGGCCUUUCUCGUGAUUCUGUCAGUUCGGAAAAUGAUCCUAAAACCGUGACGCUGUAUGGCUUCAGUGAGCAGAUCCUCAGGUUCAUUUCCGAGCGAGGUUCCUCCAGACUUUUGGAUCAUGUGGAGCAAAUCGACAAACUGCACAAGAUUCCUCCUCCAGCAGGGUCCACCAAGAAACCAGAGAGAACCAACAACGUCAUGCCCCUGCCUGAGGUUCCCAAGCUCAGGUGGCGCGGUGUGCGCGUCUUCAUCUCGUCUACGUUCAGAGACAUGCACGGCGAGCGGGACAUCCUGAUCCGCAGCGUUUUCCCGGAGUUACGGCGGCGAGCUGCACCCCUCUGCCUCCACCUGCAGGAAGUGGACCUGCGCUGGGGCGUCACCGAGGACGAAUCGGCCCGCGCCACUGAGAUCUGCCUCCAGGAGGUCUGUCGCUCGCAGGUGCUGCUGGGAAUUCUGGGACAGAGAUACGGCCUGGUGCCGCCUCGGCCCUCGCUGCCUGACCUGCCGAACUACAGCUGGCUGAAGUCGGCUCCUGAGGGUCUGUCCAUCACGGAGAUGGAGAUCCGUCAGUUCCAGGCCGUGUUUCCUGAUUCUGCUCAGAGCCGCAUGUUCUUCUACUUCAGAUGUCCUCAGGUUCUCAGCUCAGUGCCCGAGGCUUGGAGAGACGACUUUGUAGCUGAAUCCAAGGAAACUGCAGCAAAACUGGAUGAACUGAAGGAACGGAUCAAGAACGACGGCUUCAGAGUGACGGAAAAUUAUCCGUGUGAGUGGGGCGGAGUCGUAGACGGAAAAGCCUACGUUAGCCGACUGGAGGAUUUUGCCAAGGCUGUGCUGGAGGAUCUGUGGUCUGCAAUACAGCAGCUGUUUGUGGAGGAAUCAGACGAGGCAGAUCUGACAGCGGAGAUUAAAGAACAGGAAGUUCAUCAGGACGCCCAACGACAGCAAUUUUACGGCAGAGCGAAGCUGCUUUCAAAGGCAAAAGAGAAAGUCGAAGAAUGUCAGCAGAAAGGCGGAGUUCUGCUGGUGCAGGGCGGGUCCGGAGUCGGCAAAACAGCUUUCAUGGCUGCAUUGACUCAUACACUCCGUUCUACAGACAAGAUGAAAAAAGCGCCCAUGUAUGAUGUCAUAUCCUAUUCCACAGCAGCUAGCCAAUCAGCUUCUGGAGUUGAGCCCCUCCUGCGUUGCCUGGUCCAAUGGCUGAGGAAGAGAAAGCAGCAGGAGGAGGAGCUUCCUUCAAACACACCUUACAGAGAUCUGCUGUUGGAGUUCCUCUCACAUCUGAAGGAAGUGAAGAAAGGCCGAUCUCUGGCUCUACUCAUUGACGGAGCAGAUCUGGUGCACGAUGCUAAAGGCCAAAUUAUUUCCGAAUGGAUUCCACAAUGGGUUCCUAAGGGUGUGUGCCUGGUCCUGAGUGUCACCACAGAUUCGGGUCUCUGCAACAUCAUGAGCAAAAAUAAAACCUGUACCUUGUUUCCGCUGGGGCCUUUAUUGCUGCCAGACCGGAAAGAGAUCGUCCAGAAGGCACUGAGUGUGUACGGGAAGAAGCUGAGUGAUUCUGCCUUCAAUAACCAGCUCCAGACACUGUUGAUGAAGAAGGGAUCUAUGAGUCCACUGUAUCUCCGCUUGGCCUGUGAGGAACUCAGGAACUACGCCUCGUUCGAAAAGAUGAAGGAGAACCUGCAGUUUCUCCCAUCGUCUCUAUGUGAGCUGAUUCAGUACGGACUGAUCAGGCUCCAGACUCAGUACACAGGAACAGGACUCAACUGGACCCUGGCUGCUCUGACCGUCAGCGCCACCGGUCUGAAAGACAGAGAUCUGCACUUCCUGUUGAACCUGUGUUCUGAUCUGAGCUCCACAUGCACCUCCCUGAACUGGCAGGAAGUGAUCAAACUCGCCAGGAACCCAAAAACCAGAGUACCCAUGGCCAAGUUCUCCCAGCUGGCUCGAAGUCUGCAGAGUUUGAUCGGGAUGCCACUGUCUGUGGAACCGGAUCAGUCCUGGGUUCUCACCAACCCGGAUGUGAAAUCAGCUUUUGAGCGGCUUUACCUGUCUGACCCCGAGGACAAAAGCAGAGCGCACCUGAUUCUCUCAGCUCACCUGUGGGUGCGGUCAGAUCCUCACGGUAACGACACGUUCCUGCACUGUGACACGGACACACUCGUACAUCUUCCUGCUCAUCUGAUUAAAUGUGGUCAGUGGGAGCCGAUUCACCUCCUGCUGAGCAAUUACUACUUCCUGUAUGCUAAUGUGCGGCACGGACUCCUGAGCAGCCUCGUGGAGAAUUACAUCCAUUAUGAAAAGACACUUGAAGUGGACAAGCCACACUGUCCUGAGGCAUCUGCCUUUUCAGACAAGCUUGUGGCUUGUCACUCGUUCCUGAAGCGCCACGCCCCCCUGCUCUCCCAUUGGCCAACUCUGUUUGUGCAGCAAGCCCUGAACGAACCUGAGACCUCGGCUGCUCACGCCUGGGCUGAAAGAGCAGUGGAGGAGGGAAGCAUCCACCCGGUCAGAUGGACGAACAGCUCUAUAGAAUCCCAACAGGAAGCUGGCGAGCUGGUUUCCACGUUUCAGUGGACACCGUCCUGUGUGUCUCUGAGUCCUGCGGGGGCUCUCGUGGCAGUGGGGACAGAACAGGGUUCUCUCCAUCUCUACCACACACACACCAACCAGGAAGUGAAGUCACUGGUCAGUAACUGUGACGGAAUCUCAGGUUGUAUGUUUCUGGAUGAGUGUGUUCUGUGGACCACCUCGUACGAUGGCCAGGUGGAGGCCUGGGAUGUUAAUGGGGGCUGCAGGAUGGCCCACCUGAUGGCCCACUCCAACAGGAUAACAGGAUGUGAUGUCAGCAAAGACAGGAAGCAUUUUGCUACUGUUUCCUUAGACACCACUCUGAAGGUGUGGUCUUCUAACAAGGGGAGGCAGGAGGCGUCUCUGCACAACCCCUCCCCUCUGAACUGUGUGACCUUUGACUCUGAGGGAAGUCUCUUGGCGGUGGGCUGCUGGGAUGGAGCAGUGCGAGUGUGGGACUGGAUCAAACAGGAGAACUGCAUGACUCUGUUAGGUCACCAUUGUUCAGUGCGCAGUGUGUCGUUCUCUCCAUCCUCCUCUGUCUCUCUCCUCUGUUCUGGGGCGUUGGAUGGAGAGAUGAGGUUGUGGUCAGUUCCUGGUUCGUCCUGUGUGUGGCACUCUCACGCUCACCGCGGCUCCACUGAGGCUCUUCGCUUCCUGAGUGAUGGAGAGUCACUGCUCAGUGCUGGACAUGAUGGCAUGGUGCAGUUGUGGUCUGGAGGACUCGGGCGUUCGGUUUCAGUGCUGGGGGAGGAAAAGAAGCUGUUGAAAUCCUCGGGGUCCAGAAACACUGCGGUGUCCGAAGAUGCCGCUCUCUGUGUGGCUGUGAACGGUCGCUACGCUGCUGUAGGUUACCAUGGCAACGGGCUUAAACUCUACAACAUACAGUCAGGUGGCUGUGUCUGGUCCACUGAGGACCUGCGUGUGUCCAUGCUGUGUUUGCUCUGGCUGCAGACCUCAACAGACACUCUCCUGCUCUCCGGAGGAUUAGAUCAGCGUCUGCGCCUGUGGAAGAAGCAGAGAAAACACAACAGGUCUCUGACACUUGCAGGAGUCUUUGGGGUCCAGAAGGGAGCUGUUCUCGCUCUGAGCCAGAACUCCACUCACGUAGCCUCUGCAUCGGAUGACUUCACGAUUGCAUUGUGGCUGAAGAGAGAUUUGACCUCUGAGCUCUGGGUUGAACCGACAGCAGUGAGUCUUCUGAGGGGUCACAGCGGAGGGGUCACCUGUUUGGCCUUUAGUCUAAAUGGAGAUGAGCUGCUUUCAGGAGGAAAGGACAAGGCUCUGAUGGUGUGGAAGAUAAACUCCUCCCCUCCGUCUCUCUCUCGCUCUUUGCCACACUGCCAUGGAGACUGGAUCACCGGAUGUGCCUGGACUUCAUCUGCCCUGCUGAGCUGCUCUAACGACUGCAGACUGCGAAUGUGGGACGUUCAGACAGGAAGUUGUAUCAGAGAAGUCUCAACAGCAUCUUCUGUGGGCACGAUGUGCUGCUGGGAGGACUAUGUGAUGUUGGGGUCUUCUGAUGGACAGCUGACUGUAUGGAAAUCUGAUUUGGGAGUGAUUACUGAGAUCAAGGCCCAUCUUUCACGCCUCCACCACGUCACCAUAAUCUUUAAACCAGGACUGGUAAAGAAACCCAAGGACCUUCUGAUCGCUACAGCGUCUGACGAUGGAUCUGUGAAACUAUGGAAGCCGCUGCAGGUUGAUCACCGCAGCACUCUGGUUGGUCACAGUGGUAGCGUUCAUGCUUUAGCGAGCAGCUCUGGUCCGAACUUCCUCACUGUGUCUGAAGAUCGCAGUCUCAGAGUCUGGAGCAUUAAUACAGACCGGCCUCCCAGACAGCUGGAGAGUGUGAGUGCGAUGUGUUUCCUGGAGCUGCAGGAUGUGCUGGUUUGUGCGUUCAGCUCAGGGAGACUGGAGAUGUGGCAGCAGCUUAAACUCCUUUACUCCAGUAAGCUGAGUGAUAGCUGUAUCACUGCAUUAAGCAGUUUGCCGGAUGAACAGUUGGCGAUGGGCUGCAGUGACACUUCAGUCAGUGUGUGGAAGCUGGAAAGAGACUCACAGCAGUGUAUCACAGGUCUCUCAAAGGUUUCCUCGUACAGUCUGGAGAGCAGCGUGAUGUUCCUGCACUACUGCACCACACUGCUGGGGGUGUGUGUGGACAACACCAUCAUCGACGUCUAUCCAUCUGCACGAGGAAAACACCGAAAAGUUAAGGAGUGGCAGCACCAGGUGCGUGUGUUGGGAAUUCAGGAGAACGGUGAAAACGGCCUGUGGCUGGUGGGAGACGAAUACGACGAGCCUAAACUGGCCUAUCUGCACCCUCGUUACAAAAACCGCAAAUACACAGGAAGAAAAAAAAGGAAGAGAGAACGAGAUGGAGAAUCAGAUGGUCAGCUGAGGCUGUACACAAACAUCAACCUGAAAUCAGGAUUUGGUCAGAAGCAGGAGGAGCAUCAGGAGGAACAUCUGGAGGAGGAAACGAGGGAGGAAACGGAGGAGGAAACGAGGGAGGAAACGGAGGAGGAAACGAGGGAGGAAACGGAGGAGGAAAUGAGGGAGGAAACGGAGGAGGAAAUGAGGGAGGAAACAGAUGAGGAAAUGAGGGAGGAAACAGAUGAGGAAAUGAGGGAGGAAACAGAUGAGGAAAACAGGGAGGAAACGGAGGAGAACACGGAAGAAGAACGGGAGAAGAGGAAGUACACCAUCACGGCUGCUGCUUUACACGACGAACUGAUUGUAUGUGGAGAUUCAAAGGGUCAGAUGUGGUUUAAUAAGACGCUGACCCUGAGCUCGUGGACUCCAAGGAAACCGGUGCACAGUGACAGGAUCAGUGUCCUGCGUCUCACAGAGAGCAUCAUCAUCUCAGCUUCAUACGACAGGACGGUCAAAUUGUGGGACAGAAACACAAAGAAACAGGUUGGUCUGUUUGUAUGCGGCGCCCCGGUUGAGGUGCUGCAGGUGAACCCCAGUGACCCGAGUCAGAUUGUGUGUGGAGACGCAUUGGGGCAGAUCUACUUCCUGUCCUGGAGAGGAUGACUAACACCUCCACACAGGCAUCAAAAACACUCCGUGCUUCAACACUUUAAAUCUUUAUGCAGUGUGUUUAGUGUGUUAUGUUAAAGCUCUCCUUUAUUUUAAUAUGCUUUACUGGUGCAUGAUGUCUAUUAUAAUGCAUGUCUAAAUUGGAGCUGCACAAUGAAGUUAUUGUUUUUGGGAAUGUUUAAUGUUUGUUUAUCACUUUAAUUAGAUUUUUGGAAUAAAUGAAUGAGGAAAUGCUUAUAGAAGGGGUGUAAUAGCUGAUUUAUUUUGUUAAAAGCCUCAAUAAGAUCAGUUUAAAAAAAAAAAACGUUGUGUUUGUCCAUGUCUAAAAGUAAAUCGGUUAAGAUGUGUGACAUCCCGUGUAUCAAAA